CGCCCACCGGCGCCAUCUUCCAGGACCCGGGCGGGGCCCUGGGCUGUGGGGCGCAGCUGGGAACGAACGCGGGUUACAGCCCGGAUCGGAACUCGUUUCAGAGGUACAAGCACAGGUGGGCAGGGACGGGGUUGGUGGUGGCAGGAGAAUGGGGGAGCACAGCCACCCGGAGAGGACUUGGCAGUGUCAGGCAACCCUCAGCAUUCAUCCGGCUCUUUCCUACUGGCACGCUGCCUCAAUCUGAAGAGAAGUCCAAGUUCUUUUUAUUUUUCUGGAAAAAGAGGCCUUUCCCAGGGGCCCAGGACUGCCCAAGAGGACAAUGGAGUCUGGAGCUCGCCCAGUUGGUAGCAGCUGUAGCAGCCCUGCAGCACUCUCAAGGGAAUACAAACUAGUGAUGCUGGGUGCCGGUGGAGUUGGGAAGAGUGCCAUGACAAUGCAGUUCAUCAGCCACCGAUUCCCAGAAGAUCAUGACCCCACCAUUGAAGAUGCCUAUAAGAUCCGGAUCCGCAUUGACGACGAACCCGCCAAUCUGGACAUCCUGGACACAGCAGGACAGGCAGAGUUUACAGCCAUGCGGGAUCAGUAUAUGAGAGCAGGAGAAGGAUUUAUCAUUUGUUACUCCAUCACGGAUCGUCGAAGUUUCCAUGAAGUUCGGGAGUUUAAACAACUGAUUUACCGAGUCCGCCGCACCGAUGACACACCGGUGGUUCUUGUGGGAAACAAGUCUGACCUAAAGCAGCUGAGGCAGGUCUCCAAGGAAGAGGGAUUGUCUCUGGCUCGAGAAUUCAAUUGUCCCUUUUUUGAGACCUCUGCUGCCUAUCGUUACUACAUUGAUGACGUUUUCCAUGCUCUCGUACGGGAGAUUCGUAAGAAAGAAAAGGAGUUAGUACUGGCCAUGGAGAAAAAGGCUAAGCCCAAAAGCAGCGUGUGGAAGAGGCUGAAGUCACCGUUCAGGAGGAAGAAGGACUCAGUGACCUGAGUGAAGUGGGCAGCAGCGCUGUGAGCUGCAGUGCUCCCCCACGCAGUCAGUACUCUGCACUAGUGAGCAUGCUGUUUGCUCUCCUGCUAUGUGCUUAUUCUAAAUGCCACUGGCGAGGGGACUUGCCUACUGGGAGUUGUCACUGACUUACUGUCUAAAGCCCUGUGCUAGGUGACUCUGACUCAUGAACUCAUCAGGGCACUGUCCACUCCUUAGUUGUCACAUUAGAAUUUGGUUGGCCAUUGUUUUGGUUAUGUUGCUGAUGUAAAUUUAUUCGUGUAAAUUGUUUAUACCCAGGAGAGUAUGUGAACCGUGUGCACUUGACUGAGUUUACAAAGGAACUCUGUGUUGUAUUCUUCCCACCACCCUUCAACUUGAGCCUCCUGGUACCGUCUCACAGAAGAACCUCUGCCUUGUUUAGCCACACUGUGCAUCCUAGAGACAGCAAAGGUUGAGGAGCGAAACUGGCACUAAAGGUGAGUAGGUGUCUGCUGAGUGGACUCCUGUCAUGGACUGUGGAGUGCCGAGGUUUAAGCUCACACAAGAAGACGAGGCCAGAAACAUGCAGGGUCAGAACAGUGCUCCUACAGUGAGCGAGAGAAGUGCACAUUUGACCCUGCUGCUCAGGUGGUAAGGAGACAGGAGCACAUUUCUCCCUGGACAUGCUUGGUUCCCCCUUCCCUCUCUGCCCUCUUUACCUGGGCAACCUGAUUCUGGGUCUGGGACCACUGCUAAUCACUCAAAUCUUCUUUAAAUCCUUUUUUGGGCUAGGCAUCACUUCUGUACUCCUCCUAAGUCUGAAGCAGGAGGACUACCGUGAGUUUACCGUAGAUUACAGAAUGAGAGCCUGUCUCAGAAAAACAAAACCACAAGUAAAUAAAAACAAAUUCUUUCUUAGGACCAUUUUACCACAGACCUUGUCCAGUUUUCUAUCCCCUUUGAAAAAUUAGGUAAGGCCUGAUGGUUUUUAGGCCUUUCACUAGACUGAUGUUAUUGUCCAAACAGAAGAGCCAUCAGGGGCUCUUCAAACACAAAAUUGUUGUGUUCCCAUAACCUCAGCAGUCCUUAGAUAGACUCGGGGCUGGACAGUGUGUGGUGUCUGUCCGAUGGAGCAGUCUUGAAGCUUUAGGACUCACAUGUGUGAAUUGGCUUCACAAUCAGAAGAUUUCCUCAGAGUAGUCAGAGCAGCCUCAGAGAACUCCUGAAGCAGCUCCGUACGUGAUUGAGACUAGUCCUGCACGGAGCAGCUUGAACUGUUAGUGGUCAACUCUCUGUCAUGGGGUCAGGAUUAUCUUGUGGUUCGAAUGUGCUGUGUGUGGCACAUUCAGGAGAGUCGGGGUCACUUCAGGCUCAGGUGCCAUGGGCAGCCCCUCUUGAAAGCUGCCACUCAACUUCUUGCUCCUCAUUAUCAGAAGAAUGGCAGAUCUGGAUCCAGAUCCCAGAAGGAGUCUCUGCUGGGAUUUUUAAAUUCUGGUUAGUUGUCUUUUGAAAAGCCUGGUACCUUUUUGCUACUAUGCAAAUUGCAUUUUAAUACUGAAGCCAUCAAAAAAAAAGAAAGACCCAGGAGCUAGUGAGAUGGCUCAGGGGUUAAGAGCACUGACUGCUCUUCCAGAGGUUCUGAGUUCAAUUCCCAGCAACUACAUGGUGGCUCACAACCAUCUGUAAUGGGAUCUGAAGCCCUCUUCUGGUGUCUGAAGACAGUUACAGUGUACUCAUACAUAAAGACAAUAAAUAAUUUAAAAAAAUGAAAGACCCAAGUCCAAGCCUGUGUAACAGAAGCACUUGGGAGAAGCAGCAAAGUAUGAAGAAAGUGCAGCAGCCAUCGCUUAACAAUAUCUCACUGCAUAAGGACUGCUAGACUGAACAAUAUCUCACUGCAUAAGGACCGCCAGACUGAACAAUAUCUCACUGCAUAAGGACUGCCAGACUGAACAGUAUCUCACUGCAUAAGGACUGCUAGACUGAACAGUAUCUCACUGCAUAAGGACCGCCAGACUGAACGCUUUCACUGCCCAGUUCUCCCAGUCUGUGGGAUUGUCAGCAGUACCAAGCACUGAUAGCCACAGCGAUUGAUGGUUGUCAAGCAAUAGGAAGCCACUGCUAGGAAGACCUGUAAGAAAAGGAUUCAUUCUGUAGGAGGAAAACUGCAGUGAGUGUUUUAAGGCUAUCCCUGUCCCACGUUGGAUCCUGGACAAGCUAGUCCCUUAAUCUGCAUUGAGAAUUGUAUUCAUGGUGCUGGGUAGCUUCAAGUGCAGUGUGUGAGCCGUAGGCCUCCUCAGUGGUCCAGUAGCUAACUUACAAGCUUUAGGUCAUCAGUAUUGGCCAACCUGAAGGCAUGAAAAUCAAGUGUUCCCUGGAAUUUUGAAGAGAAGACUCAGGACAAGUUGAAAGGCACUGAACCCGUUUGUGUUGAAGCAGAUUAGUAAUUACAAAUAAUUACAAUUGGUGGGGAGAUAUGUUUUAACCUUGAUAUAUUAAAAAGUAUUGUGUGUCACCUGGGAAGAAGUUCUUCACUAGUCCACUCACAUAUGAAGACAAUCUGUGCAGCAUAAUACACGAGGUUUAAACACGA